UUGAUAUGACGACGUGGCUUAAAGAAAUAACGGUUGAUAGAGAUACAGCAUUCUAGUUUCACAAGAAAUCUGCACAUUUUUUUCUUUUCUUUUUUACAUAAAUCAAGAAACAAAAAAGGACACUUCUUAGAUCUGCCAAUCUCAAACCUCAGCUUUCUCUUCCUUUCCACUCCUAAUGGCACUGAACCUGAAGGUAUCAUGUCCUAUUAUUUCCGGUGGUUCUGGGCUGAGAUCAUGGGCUCCGACGAGGAAAGGUUUGCAAAAGGUGACGAUGAGCUCUGGCGGCAGCGGCGGAUCAGGAGCGCCGAAGUAUAAAGGAACACAGAUGAGAGAAAAACAGCUGACGGAAAUGAUAGAGAAGAAAGUGAAGGAAGCUAAGGAGGUGUGCGGGGAAGAUGCCAGAUCCGACGAGUGCAAGGUGGCGUGGGAUGAGGUUGAAGAAGUCAGCCAGGCUAAGGCCCAUUUGCGGAUCAAGCUUCAGCUCAAUCAAGACCCACUUGAAUCCUUCUGUCAAGAUAAUCCUGAAACCGAUGAGUGCUGCAUCUAUGAAGAUUAAUUAGACUUACGUUAUUGGGGUUUAAUUGCUCUACUUAUAAAUAUAAUUAAGCUACUUCUAUCUAUUGUAUUUCUCUCUACUUCAUAAAUGGAUAUUUGAGUUUUCAUCUCCUUCAUUA